UUCACGUCUCUAGCCAUCAGAAGGCUUCAUACGCUCUAUGAGAUAGGACGCCACGUUGCAUCGCCUGUACCGAGCCCUCGUGGUCCCUACCAGAACUGUUGGUUCGUAAUCCACCACAUGAGGAAAGAAGAUUUGUCCUGAACACAAUGUGUGGCUUAACUAACAUUUAAUUUUCGUGCUGAAUUUUUUUUUAGUAUGAAUGGAUUAUUGAAGUAAUUAUUGUUGGUGUUUAGUUUGUUCUUGGAAUUCAGAGUUUCCAUUUGCGUUAUUUUAUACAAGAUACGAAACUUUCCGCAAAGUAGGAACUGCUUUAAAACUGAACCAUCUUUGUGAGUAACGAAGGAUAAAUCGUAAAGUGUGUAAAGAUUUACUUUAACGAGCUUUACAACACAACAACACAAGAUCUCCUUCACAAUGCCUGUACUUGCCAGUAGUAUGACAGCAACUGGUGUUUUCUGGGCAUGUCUCUCUCUAGCCUCUGCCAUUCUGAACUGUGCUGGGUUCUAUCUCCCUUUUUGGCUCCAGGGUGUGUUGUUCAACUCCACCGAAGUAUCUUUCGGUUCCUUCCGCCGAUGCAGUUAUCCACAAAUGAAAGAGGACGGUGAAGUCCAAAUAGUUCGAGAGUGUGGCCGCUACACAACUUUCCAGGAUAUUCCCAGCAUCUCGUGGCAGAUCACCACGAUUACUGUGGGAGUGGGGGCGGCCACCUCUCUCUUGGUAGCCUUUACGGCACUAGCUGCGUGCUGCGUGACGGACGUAGUGACCAAGCGGACAGCACGUGCCUUGGGCCUGGUUCAGGUUUUAACGGCUAUUAUGAUAGUCGUUGGUGGCGCCAUCUAUCCCAAUGGAUGGGGAACGAGAGAAGUACGAGAGGUGUGCGGUGGAAUAUCUGAUUCCUACUAUUUGGGAGCUUGUCAGUUAUCAUGGUCGUUUUAUUUGAUGGGUGCUGGUGUCACAAUGCUGUUUCUAUGUGCUAUUUUGUCUCUCGGAGCUUCUCGAAUCAAGCCGCAUUCGUACCGGAUAUGA